GUAAGUGCGCGCGCCUCCUGGUGCAAACGAAAGAGCCGGAGGAGCAGAGAACCCGCUGCACUGUUAACGGUUUGUCUCCACGUUAUUAAUAAACCCCCGGGAACAAAAACACAGCACCAUGUCUGAGGAGAAGCCAAAGGAAGGUGUCAAGACGGAGAAUGACCACAUCAACCUGAAGGUGGCUGGGCAGGAUGGCUCGGUAGUACAGUUCAAAAUCAAAAGGCAUACUCCACUCAGCAAAUUAAUGAAGGCAUACUGCGAAAGACAGGGACUGUCAAUUCGUCAGAUACGGUUUAGGUUUGAUGGACAGCCGAUUAAUGAAGCAGACACACCUGCACAGCUGGAGAUGGAGGAUGAGGACACUAUUGAUGUAUUCCAACAACAGACAGGGGGAGUGUGUUCUUAAACGGGGUGUGGACUCUACUCUUGGAAGAACAUCCACAUUAUUAUUUUCAUGUUGUAUUUGUUUAAUUCUAUUUUUACCUUCUUUUUUCCCCCCUCAAUGUGCUUGGCUGAAUGUCAGGCUGUCCACAACACAAUAGUAGGUAGAGUUUUUUUUCAUUUGGGGCCUAACCUUGAGAUGCAGGGUAAUUUCUUUUUGUAACAUGUGUUUUAGUCACAUAAAUGCAUGAUUUGAAAUUGUCCAAGGCAGGGACACGUCUCAGAUCAGAUAGGGCUCCCAAUGUAAAAAAAAAUCCUUCUUAUCUUUUGAUGUUGAGAUGACCUCCUGCAUGUCUCAUAAAACCAUAAGCUGAACUACAUGCCAAAACCUUUUUUUCUUUUGUUUCAGUUUUCCAUAUUGUUGUAAGCAUUCAAAUUCAGGUUACACUUGACUGUUUGUAAUUCAUGUACUUGAUAAAAUUUCUAUGGGGGAAAACUGCUGGAUGGCAGACUGGGGUUCCUCUCCAUAGAUGGAAAUGGAUGUUAUGACAUGUUUCUCAUGUAACACAUUUUUAGUAGUCUUUUCUUUUUUUCUAAGAAAUAUUAAAAAUAAUUUGAUGUAUCCAUGCCCGAUUAUUUUGCAAAUACCUGCUUGGAAAACUGUGUUUAUGCCGGGAAAGGUCCAUGUGGAUGGUUUACCUCAAUACUGUCACCUUCAACACAGAUUUGACUCAACGGUAAAUAAAGUACAGUAAUCUUUCUGGACCAAAAAGCUACAAGAAUAGUGUUCUUUUAUAAAAGGGUUUGGUUAAUUUAAUAAAGGACUAUAUGUAAUGGGUUACUGUGACUGUGGUCUUAGUUGUUACACAGCUGGAGAGCAAGUCAGUAUAUUCAUUUCUUUCCACUAUUUCAUGAACUGUGGAAUAAAAUUACAACUUCACUCGGCCUGAAAUGGAGUGCAUCAUCUACAGUUUAUUAUAGAAUUCAGUCAGUAUGAAACAUUUAACUGACACGUGUGUCAUUACUUUGAAACAUUUGUCCAACACAUAGACAAAUAUCACCUUUGCAUACUCAUUUGGUUUGACUUGUGUUGGUGGAAGUCUGAAGAAUUCAACUUUGAUAUUUGUUAGAUUUGAACGUCUGCAUACAUCUUACUUUUUAUUCUUAUGUUAUCUUUGUCUCAAUACUGAACUCAAUAAAUUUAGU